GUCAAAAGGGAAACUCUGCUUGGACAGGGAUCAGAGAAUUCCUGCAGCUUCCUGACCCUGCUGCUCUUUUGGAACAGACCCUCGGAUCCCUAUCCCUGCUGGACCCGUUCCGUAGCACGACACGGGUAUCUUUAGCAUACUACGAUGGCAAGAGAGAAUACCAAGGACUUCCUUUUGGAAGCACUGGAGGACCUUACGCUGGAUAUGUUUGAGAAGUUUAAGUAUAAAUUAUCAUAUAUUGAUUAUGAUGGGAUGGCCAAUCUCUCCAAAUAUUUGCUCAAGAAAGCCAACAAUCCAGUUAAACUUGCAGGCUACAUGUGUGACCACUAUGGAGCCGACCUUGCUGUGGAUGUAGCUAUCUAUGUGCUUGAAUGGAUCAACCAAAGAGACACAGCAGCUAAGCUCAAACAGGAGAAAGUAAAAGCCCUGAGGCCCAGUCCACCCCCUGCUUCAUUAGUCCAAGAUUACAAGAUGAAGUACAGAGAACAUGUACAAAAGAAUUACCACUGGAUAAAAGACAUGAAUGCUCGUAUUGGUGAGAUGGUGACUCUGAACUCCAGAUAUACAAGGCUGGUUCUUGUUAGUAGACAUCGCCAUGAAAAAAAGAAAGAACAUGAAAUCAUGGCUGUGGGACAGAGACAUGCAGAAAUCAUGCAGGAACAAGUGAAUUCUUCCAUUGCUAUAAGUGAUCUUUUUAAACCUGACAGGGAUAGACAGACACCAAAGACUGUCGUGAUAUUGGGAGCUGCAGGAAUUGGGAAGACAAUGACAGUAAGAAAGAUUAUGCUGGACUGGGCAUCAGAAGGACUCUAUAUACAGUUUGACUAUGUUUUCUACAUACAUUGUCGUGAGGGUAAUCUUCUUCCAGCUCGGGGGAGUAUGGCUGACAUGAUCUCAAAAUGCUGUCCAAGUGAUAAUCCACCUCUUGUAGAGAUCUUGAGGAGACCAGAAAAAAUCUUGUUUGUCAUCGAUGGCUUUGAUGAACUCAUGUUUUCUUUGGACCAGUCACAAAAUAACCUGUGCUCUGAUCCCUGGGAGAUGAAGCCAGUGGAAAUCAUCCUGAGCAGUUUAUUUAGGAAAAUCCUUCUCCCUGAAUGCUCCCUGUUGAUAACAUCGAGACCAGCUGCCCUGCAGAAGCUAGAACAGUGCUUGGUGUGUGAACGCUUUGCUGAAAUACUGGGAUUUUCUGCAGCUGAUAGGGAGGAAUAUUUCCACAAGUUUUUUGAAAAUAAGGAAGAGGGAAGGAAAGCCUUUCAGUUUGUUAAAGGAAAUGAAAUGGUCUUCACCAUGUGCCUUGUCCCCAUCAUGUGCUGGAUUGUCUGUACUGUUAUGAAACAACAGCUUGAAAGUGGUGAAGAUCUUGCACAAACGGUCAAGACAACUACAGGAAUAUAUAUCCUUUAUGUUUCCAGCUUGCUAAAAUCUCUGAGCGGCAAGAUGAAACAGAACUUGCACAUUAUCCUGAAAAGACUUUGUUGCCUGGCUGCUGAUGGGAUCUGGAAGCAAAGAGUCCUCUUUGAGGAGGAGGCAAUCAAUGAAUUCUUGUUAAAUCAGAGAGACACUCUCCCUCUUUUUUUGAAUGAAAGCACUUUUCAGAAGGGCAUUGUUUGUGAGAGUGCCUACAGUUUCAUUCAUCUGAGUGUCCAAGAGUUUUUUGCAUCUCUAUUCUAUGUCCUAGAAGAUGAUGGCAAAACAAGAGAUAAGCAAGAAGAUCCUAAGAGGGAUGUGAGAAAAUUGUUAGAAAACUAUGGAAACUCAAGACAUGAUUUCAUGUUAACUGUGCGGUUCCUAUUUGGUCUCUUAAAUAAGGAACGAAGAAAUGCUUUGGAAAAAGAAACAGGGUGCAAAAUUCGUUCUGAAAUUAAAGAAGAAUUACUAAUGUGGCUUCGAACUAGCCAAAAAACAGCUUUAGCUGUUAAUGCAAAGAAAAGAGCAGUGAUUCACAAUUUGGAGGCUUGCCACUGUUUGUAUGAAAUCCAGGAUGAAAGUUUUGUGAAAACCACAUUGGGUUAUUUCACCGGAAUAUAUCUACGAGACAUCAGUUUCACCCAACUAGAUCAAAUAGUUCUUUCAUUCAGUAUAAAGAAGUGGCCUAAACUGGAGUCACUUGAUGUGGGCUAUUGCUCCUUUAUCUCAGAAGACCAUGAAGAACAUUUAGACCAACAGCUGGCAAAGCUGUCACAUCUGAAAAAACAAUCACCUAUUUACUUGAAGCAAUCACCUAUUUACUUGCUUUGUCAAUCACUGAAGAGUCCAAACUGUACAUUAAAGAUCUUAAGGUUGGAGUGGUGCAAACUCACAGCUGCCUGCUGUGGGGUUCUGGCCACGGUGCUCAUCACCAGCCAGUGCCUGACGGAGCUGAGACUGUGCGGAAAUGCUCUGGGAGAUCUAGGAGUGCGACUGCUGUGUGAAGGGCUGAAACAUCCCACCUGCCGGCUGCAGAGAUUGGGGUUGUGGGGUUGCAGUCUCACAGACGCCUGCUGUGGGGAUCUGGCCGCUAUGCUCAGCACCAACCAGACCCUGCUGGAGCUGGGGCUGGGUGCUAAUGCCCUGGGAGAUGCCGGAGUGCACCUGUUGUGUGAGGGGCUGAAACACCUUGCCUGCCAGCUGCGGGUACUGGGUCAGAUCUUCUACCCACGCACGCUUCCUGGCCUCCAGCUUCCAUUCCAGAAGAGCAGAGGUCCUGCGUUGUGGAGUUGCAGUCUCACAGACGCCUGCUGUGGGGAUCUGGCCACUAUGCUCAGCACCAACCAGACCCUGCUGGAGCUGGGGCUGGGUGCUAAUGCCCUGGGAGAUGCUGGAGUGGUCCUGCUAUGUGAGAAGCUUAAGCACCCUGCCUGCCACCUUAAAGAAUUGUGGCUCAGCAAAUAUGGACUCAGUGAAGAAACUCAUCGGGAGCUGGCUCACCUAAAAAAGAUCAAGCCCAGCCUGAAAAUAGGGUGCAUCUUUUAAAAAUGACUUUUUGCAGCCUAGGUGUCAGGCCUCAUGGCCUGACACUAGUGUAACACAUGGGUUAAAAGUUAAUAAGGGACCAAAUAAAUGUUUGUUCCAUUUCAAGGAUUCUUCUUUAAUACCAGUAACAAUGUUGAGCAUGUGGGGCCUUGACUGGCCAAACAGUCUCAGGGCGAAUCAUCCUCAGGACAAUAGGAUCUGACUUUUAUCCAAGUGCAGUUCAAAUAGAUCCCCCUUCAUGAUCAUAUCAGACCCCCAAAACCCCCAGAACCCACCAACACAUUCCUGAACAUUCCGGAAUGUCCCUGAGCAUUCCUGAACAUACACUGCCCUGCUCAGUGGUGACAAAACCCACCUAUGGGGCGAGCACACUAGGUUAUAAAAGGGUUGAACUAAAGUUUUCAGCAUGCACUUGCCACCUCAGGAAUACAACUACAAGCAGAGAAUAUCACUCGAUCCAAGGGUGGUGAUAUGUUUUUACUUCCCUUUCUUUCUUUUUCUCUCUUUUCCUCUCAUCCACACUCUGUCUGUACCUUCAUUUUUGGCACUUUAGGGUAAUAUCAUUAUAAGUUUUGCUAUGCCGUUAUCUUUCAUGGUUCUGCUGAGUUUUAAGUUUUAUAACUUUUGCCAAGCCUGUAACUUUUGUAGUUCCACUGAGUUUUCAGUAAAUUUGUGAUUCGUUU